AUUAAAUAAUUACAUUUAAUCGCAUCACAUCCUGAUCAGUCUUGCACUGUAGGUAAGUAAGCCAAAAUAAGGUCAGGUAUGCCAACUUUUCAAUUUAGUUUUGAGUGUGAUUCAGUAUUGUUGAGGUUGUGCAUUUUAUGAGUAGGCCUUCUGUGACAUUACCCACCUCGUGGGUCAAGGUCUUCAAUGCUCAGGAAUUUUGUUUAAAAAGUUCAGCAACCAAAUUCACAAUUUUAAACCACACAUAGAUGGAAAGCCAAGUCAAUAAUCAUGGUUAGUGAUGAAUAAAUAUAGUUCCAUAUAUCAUAGCCUAUCGGGAUACCAAACCUAAUCAGGUAUCUUGGAAUGUUCUCCCCAGGUAAUGUGUGUCAUCCCAGAGACUGUUUUCUUUGGCAACACCUCAUUGUGUUAACAAAGUACAUACCAAUUAUAAAUCAGUAACCAUACAAUAUUAAUUAAUUCAUCAAUAUAAUUUUACUUUAAUUUAUAUUUAAAGUCCAAUUCAAUCAAUAUUUGCCUAUUUCUUUUGGUAAGCUGAGUUGGCAAUUGUUUUCUUUCUUGCAAUUAUUGUAAGUAGGGUUUCCCCUCAGAAACUGAUGCAGUGGUUCUUAAAAUAUACAUACCAAAACAUCUAGUAAAAACUAUAUGUGUAGUCAUGUCUACCCAAAAAUAUUUUGUUACAGAGGUGGCUUGAUCAGGGGUGUAGUUUUUCAUCAGCCUAAAUGUGUUGAGUUAAGUAUGGACAUGCUUAAUUGCUUAUAAGCACUGGAGUUAGAGGAUAUGGUGUUUGAGUUAAUUGUAAUGGACUCCAUCAGUUGGCUUUCCUUUACAAACGACAGCUCGCUUGUCACCAUGGCAACGUAGUUGAAGCUAGCAUGCCAAUGCAACCUGUAAACCCCAUUUGAACGGUGUAACGUUAGCUUAUAGUAAUUUAUUAUUAUCGUAUAGUUAAGUAAAAAUGACUGACAUUUUAUCGUUGAAAGAGUCAGUUCUGGUCUAUUUAGACAGAAGUGGUGGCCUUCAGAAACUGUCCGAAGACUGUAAACCAUUUAACGACCCCCAGCAGAUUGAGGCAGUCUACAGGUUUUGCAUCAGUGUGAAUCCCUCUGAUGUGAUAGAGGUGGAUCCUGUGUUGGGUGACUGUCUUCUACGUGAUCCCCUAAGAGCAACAGCGUUGUUUAAGUCUGUUUGCUUCCUGGCCAUAAAGACACUGUCACUUCUUGAGAAAAUACACACUGAAAGUCAGGUCAACGUAAUUCUGAAGUUGACACACCUGCCUCCAUUCCCUGAGUACACACUGGACCUUCGUAGAUUUCCUCGUGGGUAUGGCCCCAUGAGGCCUGUUUCCAUUGAGGGCCUGGUCAUUGCCAUGACUAGGGUCACUAAAUACACCCAGGGGGCCAGGUUCCUCUGCAUUAAUGAUGACUGUCCAUGCUCUACAGGGUUUCAAUGCAUUCGCGUCCAUGCACCUGGAGCCACAGAGUCAGCUACCGUGAGAAACAACUUCAGCUGCAUGAUCUGCAGCUCCCAGCUGAAAGAGGAUGUGAAGUUUAGAGUGCUGGGAGAUAAACAGCUUGUGGAGCUGAUCCAUGUCAAAGCACUGGAUGGUCUAGGUGUCCAUCAGAAAAGCCCACUCAGGUACCAGUCUGUCACCCUGUUUCUCAGAGAUGAGCUGUGUAACUCAAUGAGAAUCGGUCGACUCUACAGGGUGAUAGGCAUUCCUGCGCAUGUGCACCAGUGGCCCGGCAUUACCUGGAGUGUAGAGGCAAAUAGUGUCGAACCGUGGGAGCCAGAGAAUCCCUGUAAAGUCAGUGCCAGCUUCCAGGAGCUGUUGGAGGUCACAGCCGGUUCUCCCUGGAGGUUCUCUGCCACUCUGGCUAACUCCUUUGGGUUGGACGUGGCUCCUCCCGGCCUCUACAACACCUUGAAGCUGGGCUUGUUGCUCAGCUUGGUGCAGACUAGAGCAGAUGCAAAAGACAGAUUGCACAAUGUAGAUCUCCUGGUUGUCACCUCUGACACUCUCGUACUAGACAGAUUAAUGACAUACAGCCUGAGCUUGGCGUGUCGUGGGGUCAGGCAUCAGACUUCAGGGGAGAUGUUUGCAUCUCUGUCGCGAGACGAACACGGAGCAGGCACUGCUAACAUCCAUGCCGGCUCUGCCCUGCUAGCCACUGGUGGCAUUUGCAUGUUGGGAGAUCUAGGCUGUUACAAAAAGGACAGGUUGGAUGCCAUUCAGUCAGUUCUAGAGAGCUGCACAGUGUCUGUGUUCAUCCCAGGGAAGAAGUAUGGCGAGGAUGCUGACCAGCAGCUGUCCCUCCCAGUCCAAUGCAGCUUCUGGGCCCUCACAGACUCCACGGAUCCCUCCUCUCGACGAUCUGGAAGGGCCGACUGUGCCGUACUGGGAACAGCAGAAAUGGGUCCCGUACCAAUUCAGUUGGCAGACGCCUUUGGCCUGGUCAUUCAGUGUAGGGAUAUGGUGGGGGAGCAUGCCCUGCUUGCCCAGACCGUCCACACCCUCCAGCAGGCAGUACACCCUGGAAACCCCCUCUACUCAUCUUGCUGGGAGUUUUCUACUCAAGACUACAAGGAGCUGGUAGCUCAUGCACGGAGUUUGCAAGUGGAUCUUAGCCCCGGAGCAGAGAAAAUAAUCCACGGUUACUACAUGGCCAGCCGUAGAGUCCGAACACAGAGUCAGGGUGUCAAGAUGUCUGUGGCCUCUAUCAAGCUUCUGAUCUCUUUGGCUGAGGCCCACUGCAAGUUAUGUCUCAGAACACGAGUACUGGAGGAAGACGCUGUGAUCGCUGUUCUCCUCUGUGAAAACUCAGUCACUCUCAAACAUGGGGCCUCGGCUCUCGUUAUUCCACCCGAUGCGGUGUUUCCAUGUAACCUGGGAGACGUGGAUGGCUUGCACAAGAGAGACGUGACCCUGGAUGAGCUCCACCAGAAUAUUUUACGCUUUAUCUACACCUAUGCACCAGGUGCAGACACAUACAUCACUGAGGAGUAAGACUUCUCUACAAAAGGUUAAGACACAGUGUUCGAGUCAAAUGAGCAAUAUAGGUGGUGGCCAGUAUCAACACGUCGAGUUUGGACAGCUUGGUGUCCGGCGGCACGGACG